CUUGCUUCAUAUAUACAAACUUAUUUUCACCUUCUAAUAGGAUCUCGUUUUUCUUUAAUAUUUAUAUUUGUGGCACCAUCAAGUUCUACUUAUGGCUCUUCUAGUAACAGUUGGGAAUCUUUGUGAUCUCCAUGUAGUAGCUCGUUCCUUCCUCAUUCUUCUUUCCGAAAAACUUUCAUAUGAUCUAAAGUUGUCGCUUCUCAUUAUGGCACUUUUCAUGUGGCUACAAGAUCAAAAUAACGACCCAUUUGUUAUACAUAGGUUGUUACAUAAAUCGGAUAACGUUGCUCUAGAAAUGGUAAUUAGAGAAGCUGUUCACUAUAUAAACUUCUUAUCAUCAGAUUCUUCGGAGAAUUUAUCGAUUAAUCCACCAUUUUUUGGUAAUCCUUUAGGCUUAACUAUUCCUAUAAAGUCCCUUUAUCAAAGCAAAUAUACUGCUAUUAGUGGCAUAAAAAGAUAUCUUAGAACUACUUGCUUUCGAGUCUUUUUUGACAUACUAUCAUCAAAGCUUCGAUUCGAUAGUUCGAUUCGAUUUCUUCCAUAUCAACUUAUCCACAUUCCUGGAUCUCCAAAUCCGACUUUUGGUCCUAUCUACUUCAAAAAUUGGCCUAGGAGUCAUGUUUUCACCACAAAUUUUGAAAUUUGUUCAUGGAUAAAUGCACAAGGUUACGUCGAGGAUGAAGAGGACCGAAGUUUAUAUGUCACAUUUUCGCAUGGUUUUUCAGUAUCGAAAGAUGAAUUGAGAAAACUCUUCACAUCGAAUUUCGGAGAUUGUGUGCAAAAUGUGGAUAUGAGUCAUACUACUCAUUCUCGACAAGUUUUAUUUGCACGUCUUAUAAUGAAGUGUGUUGAGGUGAUUGAUUUUAUACUUAAAGGCAAGACUGUAGCCAAGUUUAAGAUUAGAGGAAAACAUGUAUGGGCAAAGAAGUAUAAAUGUCAAAAGCCAUGUAUGUAAAUGGU